CAGCCUGGAAAGCGACCAAGCUGCAGACUUCAACAACCUGGACCUUCUUAUUUUUACUUUUUAUUAAUAUUAUUUAUACUUCACUUUGACUUCACAUCAGGGGAAGUUAAUCCAAACCAGUCCGGCAACAAAAACUGCAACUUUUCUGUUUGUGUUUGUGUGUUUUUUAUUAUUUCUGAGUGUGGUAUAUCAGCGGAGGACAUGCCGGGAUUUGUGACUUUGUUGGCCGCUUUUGCAGCCCUCUCAGCCGGGUUAAGAAACUCAGUGGCCGGGGUGGAGAUGCACCACUCCUUGGCCGUGCAGGAGAGUUCCUUGGCCGGGGUGGAGAGCUCCUUGGCCGGGUUGGAGAGCGCUGCAGCCGGGGUGAACAGCUCCGCGGUGGCCAAGGUGGAGACCUCCGGGGACGGAGACAGAGGAGCGGGGAGGAGCGGCUGCCCUGGCCGCUGUCGGUGCGAGGUGGACGGGCUGCUGCACCGGGUGGACUGCUCGGAUCAGGGGCUCCGGGAGAUACCGAGCAACCUGAGCGUCUUUACAUCAUACCUUGACCUCAGUAUGAAUAAUCUGACUGUGUUGUCCAGUGGAGCUCUGUCCAACCUGCACUUCCUGGAGGAACUACGUUUGGCGGGAAAUGAUCUGUCGUUCAUCCCCAGAGGAGCGUUCGCAGGCCUCUACAACCUCAAAGUGCUGAUGCUUCAAAACAACCAGCUGAGAUCAGUUCCUGCUGAAGCCUUCAACAACCUGCACAACCUGCAGUCACUCCGUCUGGACGCCAAUCACAUCUCCAGCGUUCCCAUUGGCUGCUUCUCCGGCCUGCGUUCGCUGCGUCACCUGUGGUUGGAUGAUAACUCUCUGACGGAGGUGCCGGUGGAGGCUCUGAGCGAGCUGCCCGCCCUGCAGGCCAUGACGCUCGCCCUCAACCACAUCAGCCACGUACCCGAUCAUGCCUUCAGCAAGCUGGGCCGCCUGGUGGUGCUGCAUCUCAACAACAAUAGGAUCGUUUCCAUGGGAACAAACUCCUUCCACGGACUCCACAGUUUGGAGACGCUGGAUUUGAACUACAACAGUCUGGUCGAGUUUCCGACGGCGAUCCGCUCGCUCAGUCAUCUGAAGGAGCUUGGUUUCCAUAGUAACAACAUCCAGUCUAUUCCCGAGCACGCCUUCACUGGGAAUCCUCGCCUCAUCACCAUAUUUUUCUACGACAACCCGAUCCAGUCUGUCGGACGCUCGGCUUUUCAGAACCUCCCAGAGUUACGAACGCUCUCUCUGAACGGAGCAGCAGAUCUCACCGAGUUUCCAGAUCUGACGGGAACCAAGAGCCUGGAGAGCCUGACCAUCACUGGAGCUCGGAUCACCUCUCUGCCUGGGUCAGUGUGUGAGCAGCUUCCAAACCUGCAGCUGCUUGAUCUCUCCUACAAUCAGAUCCAGACUCUUCCCAACUUCUCCGGCUGCGAGAGCAUCCAGAAGAUUGAUCUGCACCAUAACGAAAUAGAGGAACUGGAGGAGAACACCUUCCACGGUCUGAUGUCACUACGCUCUCUCGAUUUAUCGUGGAACCGACUGACGACGGUGAAGACGAACUCGUUCUCUGCUCUGCCGGCUCUGAACAAACUUGACCUGUCGUCCAAUCAGCUGUCGUCUCUGCCUCUCGUUGGUCUGCAGAGUUUAACUCACCUGCGACUGGCUGGAAACACUCAGCUGAUGGAGUUAUUACCCCGAGAGGACCUGCCAAGAGUCAGAGUGAUUGAGCUUCCUUACGCCUUCCAGUGCUGUGCCUUCGUCUCCUGUGAGAGGAGAGGAGGAGGAGGAGGAGGAGGAGGAGGAGGAAGCUCAUCCUGGGAGAGAGAGGAGGCAGCCGACCCUUCUGGGAGAGACAACACCUUCGCAUCGAGCCAAGUCGAUCAGGACUGGGAGGACUUCCUGUUGGAGUUUGAAGAUGAACCCAAACCUCAACACUCGGUCCACUGCAGCCCUGCUCCAGGACCGUUCCGUCCCUGUCUCCGUCUGCUCGGCAGCUGGCUGAUCCGUGGCGGCGUUUGGCUCAUCGCUGCGCUCUCAUUGGUCAGCAACGCCCUCGUGGUCCUGUCCGUCUUCUUUUCCCCCGCCUCCUCCGUCACACCGCCCAAGCUGCUGAUUGGCCUGCUGGCUCUGGUGAACGGCCUGAUGGGAGUCUGGAGCGGCUGGUUGGCGGCCGUGGACGCCUGGACGUUCGGCAGCUUCUGGAGAUACGGGGCGAGGUGGGAGAGCAGCUUCCUGUGUCGUCUCAGCGGCUUCCUGUGUGUGUUUGCGUCGCAGACCGGCCUCUUCCUGUUGACCGUCGCAGCUCUGGAACGAUACCUGGCCUCCGACGCACGCCGCCACAAAGCUGACGGCCACAGCGGUCAAUCCUCGUCGCCGCUCUCCGUCCGUCUGGCCGUCUGUCUGUGCUUCCUGUUGGGCCUGGCCGUCACGCUGCCCCCUCUGGUGGCCGGACACAGUAGCACAUCCCUCUGUUUGCCGCUGCCUUCCUCCUCCUCUUCGUCCUCUCUGGCUUUCUCCGUGUCCUUAGUGCUGCUCGACUCGCUCUGUUUCCUCCUCAUGACGCUCGCCUACACUCGCCUGUACUGUCGCGCCAACAAAGCUCCGCCCACCACUGAAGAGGAGGCGGCGUUGACUCGACAUGUGGCGUGGCUGCUUUUCUCUGAUUGCCUCCUCUACCUCCCUGUGGCCUUCCUCUCCUUCUCCUCCCUGCUGCGCCUCCCUGCCGCCGGCCCCGAGGCAGCAAAGGGAGUGCUGCUGCUGGUGGCGCCGCUGCCUGCCUGCGUCAACCCGCUGCUCUACCUCCUCUUCAACCCGCUCGCCCGGGAGGAGUUGUCCGCACUCGUCAAACGCACCUGCUGCGCCGCCGUGGUACUGAGGCUCGGCCGAGGAGGAAGAGGAGGAGGAGCUGGGAGCAGGUCGAGGCCAGGAACGAUGGAUUUAACGUACGACGAGGACGCAGAGAAACAGUCGUGCGACUCGACGCAGGCGCUGGUGGCAGUUGGAGGCGUGAAGGAGGAAGAGGAGGAGGGGAGAAGAAGGAUAAAGAGCAACACACAAGAUUCAGUGGCGUUUGUUGUUCAGCAUCACUAGACUGACAAAAAACACACACAUACACACACACACACAGUCUGAAGGUCUCACCUGCCAAACUGAAAUAUCUGAAAACUGAAUCUGGCUUCAGAUAAACUCUCAACAAAGCUUUUCAGCUCAAUAUUCCUUCCUUGAUGUCUUUUGUCCCACAUGGCCACCAUACACUCCAACAGACACCUGAUUGGCUGCAUGUGGGGUGAUGUAAAGGUGUGUUCAAGCAGCACGAUUGUGCACAAACUCAGUGUUAAGACACAUAUGGACUGCACUUAUAUGGCCUUCAAAGCAUCCAUUCACACACACCGACGGUGGCAAGCUACCACACAGCAUGGUGGGACCCCAUCUUAUUCAAGGACACUUCCACAUGCGGAUCGGAGGAGCCGGGAAUCGAAGCUGCCGAUCUUCCGAUUAGUGGACGACCCGCUCUACUAACAUGUGGAGCCACAGCAUCCGUACGCGAGCUACAAAUGUUUCAACUUCAGGAAAAAGGAGACAAACCGAAGAAAAAUUAAGUAGAAGUUGCUUUAGUUGUGUCAGAGAAAGACUUCAUAAAUAUAUUUAAUAUUUGGGUCAGUGACAAAUAAGUGUUGGCAAGAUGAGCAAUUCAAAAUUGAAUGAAAUGACAUUUGCACCAUUUUUUACCAAAAGUAAGACUGAAUGCUCCUGAAAAUGUCAAAUGGUGUAACCACAAAACAAUGAUAAAUAUUACAUAU